AUGCUGGUGACUCCUUCCAUUGACAGACCUCCAGGGUUUUUGGUGAAAGGACGCUGGUGUCAGGGAGGGCACCCUGUCCUGGGUAACACAUUACCACUCAGUAUCCCACCACAGGUCAUAAAUCAAGGUCUGUAUGGGGUGCUCAGCCUUCAGCCAGUCACACUGCUGCGCCCCUGUGCACUUCAGUACCCCAACCUGGCAACCCAACUCACCCAUAUACAAGUGUUGAUCUACAGCCCUAGUAAAGUUCCAGUCACAGGCCCCUCCGUCUUUUUCCAGAGCCUCCCUUCUCAUCUGGACUAUCACGAACUGGGUCUCCGUGGCCUUCACUGCUCCAGCUUCCAAGAGCUUGUGCACAGCGAUGGUACUGUGUACAGAGUAGACCAAGGAAACAGCGAGGAACCAGAUGAGAAAUCGAUUGUUCAGCCUUUACACCAGAGUCUCUUGAUUUCCCUCUUCCUGCAGCACAGUGACCCCUUCACCACACAGCUCUCUGACAUUGUGGUUACCGAGAUGCUGAUAGAGCACCACCUAGAGGAUAUUCUGAACAAUAACAGGCAGGCAGUCGUUAGUGCUCUGCAGACGGAGCUGAAGAAAGCACUGAAAAGCCAGACUCGCAGAAAUAAGGUUCAAGAGAAGAUGAAUUCAGCAGCUGAAGUGAUUCUCAGCUCAUCUAUCAGCAUCGUGAGCUGCAGCAGUAACGUGGGUUUCAGAAAUGCCUGUCUGAACAGCAUGAAGGUGCAGAGCACACAUGAAUUGUCAGCGUCUCUCCGUGAAUCACUGAGGAGGGUUACGUCAUGGAAAUUCAUUCCCAAGGGCACAUGCUACUCUGCUGAGAUUGAAGAACAUCCUGAGACUAUGGAACCCACCAGAACAGAAAUUUGAUAUUCCACUGACGGCUGUGAAGCCUCUUUACAAACACAGGACCACUCUUGCAAUUUAAGUUAUACAUUUAAUUUUCUGUGUUACUUGUGUAUCACUGAAAAUCAUUUUCGCUAAAAUACAUUCAUAUUACGUUUGUGUUUUAGCUGUAGGGUACAAAAGAGGUAUUGCCUCAGAUUUGUUUCUUGGUAAUCCUGUGUUUCUUUGCUUUAAAUUCACUGAUGUUAACCAUUUGAUACAGUAUAAGAUAAAU